GCGGUGGAGCUUCAUCAUGGCGGCGGAGUUUCGCUCUCUGGCUAUGAAAUACUGUCAACAGUCAUGAAUGAUGUCGUAAUAUUGUACUAAAACAGACACGGAUCGAUUUUAAAGCCUUUCGGUCACAUUCUCAUUAUUCUCUGAAGGACAUCAUAUUAUUUUUUGUGUCAUCGCGAGUCUUGAUGGAUGUACAUUAACGCGUUGUUUCUCUCAUUUACAUCGUUUGAUUUCAUCGGGUUAGUCUGACGGAUCUGAGGUGAAAAUGUGCUUUAGGUAAUUUUCAUUUGCGGGGUACCUCAGGGCUCUGUCAGCAGCCCGUCCACGUUCAGCAUGUCCUCCACGGCUGUCCCGAAACCUUCUCCUGCGCUCUCAGGCCUGGACAAUCUCUCCAUAUCAUCUCUGCUGUCCGGAGACCUGGAGGAGGACGGCGAGAGAGCAGACGAUGAUCUGGCCGAUCUGGAGGUAAACCCCUACGACGGGCUGCCGUUUUCCUCUCGCUACUACAGUCUGCUGGAGGAGAGGAAGCAGCUGCCCGUGUGGAGUCUGAAGUUCAGUCUGCUGGAGCACAUGGAGUCGCACAGUAUGAUCGUCCUGAGCGCAGACGGAGGAACGGGGAAGAGCACACAGGUUCCUCAGUGGUGUGUGGAGUACGCUCUGUCACAUGAGUUCUCUCAGGGUCUGGUGUGUUGCUGUCAGCCGUACGCGGCGGCCGCCUGCAGUCUGGCGCUCAGAGUGGCCGAUGAGAUGGACUUGAGUCUGGGGUUAGAGGUGGGCUACAGGGUCCCGCACGAGGACGGCUGCACCCCAGACACCAUACUGCGGUUUGUGACGGACUCCCUCUUGCUGGAGGAAAUGAUGUCAGACCCUCUGCUGCGCCAGUACGGGGUUCUGGUCAUCGACGAGGCUCAGGAGCGCACGGUGGCCACGGACGUCCUGCUGGGGCUGCUGCGUGACGUGUGCCAGCAGCGCCACGAGCUCCGGGUGCUGGUGCUCACGGCGCCCGCCUCCGCUCAGACCUUCGCCAGCUUCCUGGGAGAGAGUGUUCCUCACCUCAGCGUUCCCUCACAAAUCACCACCACGGAGAUUCUGUACCGGGACCCGCCAACAGGACGCGACCUGGCCACAGCUUCCUGUCACAUGAUCCUGGAUCUGCACCGCAGGGGAGAGGAAGGCGACAUACUAGUGUUCCUCCCCAGCGUGCAGGAGAUCCAGGAGUGUCGUGCGGCGCUGGAGAAGGAGUGUGUGUCUCUGAGCGCUCAUCUGUCGUCUCUACGCGUGAUCGCGCUGCACGCUGCCGUCGGAGGCUCUUUGCAGGAGCUUUACGACACCGAGAGCAUUGAGGACACGCAGCAGGACGAGCAGGAGACUCCGGCCCACAGACGCAGGGUCAUCCUCACCGAUGUCUUAGGAGAGGCGUCGUUUUCCCUCCGCAACAUCCGUUACGUCAUCGACACCGGCGUCCAGCUGAAGACCAUCUACAACCCACAGAUCCGAGCGGAUUCACAGCUUCAGCAGCCCAUCAGCAAACAGCAGGCUGACACGCGAGCCCGGAGGGUCAACGGCAAACUGCCCGGUGUGUGUUUUCGGCUGUACUCUCAGCUGAUGUAUGAGGAGGAGAUGCCUGUGGCUCGCUGUCCAGCGGUGGCCGAAGCCAACCUCAGUCACCUGGUGCUGCUCCUCAAGAGGCUGGACAUCGCAGACAUGGGCCAGUGCAAGUUCCUGGACCGGCCAGCUCCUGAGGCGCUGAUGCAGGCCCUGGAGGAUCUGGACUAUCUGGCGGCUCUCGAUGACGACGGGAAUCUGUCGGAGGUGGGAAUCAUCAUGUCUGAACUUCCACUGGAGCCGCCGUUAGCCAAAGCUCUGAUCGCGUCCUGUGAGUUCGACUGCGUCAACGAGCUCCUGACCAUCGCUGCCAUGCUGACCGCUCCGCCGUGGUUCAUCACACCUCCGGUAAAUAAAGAAGAGGCGGCUGCGACGCACAGACGCCCCCUGCUGCAUCCGGAGGGAGAUCACAUGACCCUCAUCAACGUCUAUAACGCAUAUCUGCAGCAUAAUGAAGAUGAGGUCUGGUGCAGGACAAACUUCUUAAACGCCUCUGCGUUACGAUUGGCUGUGGUGAUUAGGGCGGAGCUACUGGAGGUGAUGCAGCGAAUCGAGUUGCCCGUCUCUCCUCCCGCCUUUGGUUGCCAGGAUAACAGCACCAAUAUAAAGAGAGCUCUGAUAUCAGGCUUCUUCCUGAAGGUUGCUCAUGACGUUGAUGGCUCUGGGAACUAUCUGCUGCUCACACACCGGCACGUGGCUCACCUCCACCCGUUCUCGUCGUACCACUGCCGCCGGCCGCGGCCCGACCCGCCCAGCUGGGUGCUUUAUCACGACUUCACCAUCUCGCACGACAACUGCAUCUGCAUCGUAUCUGAGAUUCACCCUCAAAUGUUGGUGGAGCUGGCGCCUCAGUACUAUCUAGGGAACCUUCCGCCCAGUGACGGCCGAGAUCUGCUGAUGGGCCUCAGACAGAGUUUAUUUCCUCCGGAUGAGCAGGAAGCAAACCCUCAGGACGAAGCGGGCAAUGAGUCCAGUGCAGAGACGUGUAGCGUACAGUAACUGAGCAGCAGCUUCCUGUGAUGUUGCAAUAACACACAAACUCAGGCCGCGGUGCAAUGAAGAACUCCAGAUGUCUGUGAUAAGAUGUCAGUCAAUCUCACAUGGGCUUUAAUUUAAUUAGGCUCAGAUUUGUUAUUUCUGUAAUUGACAUUCUAUAAAAUAUAUAUUUAUAUAUAUAUUUUUAAUAAUGAAUAAAGUCUUGUUUCUGGAUCAAGUAAGGGAAGCGAGUCCAGCAAACACACUAUCGGCUUCCUGCAGCCAAUCAGAUGAAGCUCAAUCAUGUCCACUCACGUGAUUAAGACUGCAGUCAAAUCAGUCAUAAAUGCGGUUUUACUUGCUCGUCUGUUAUUGGAUGCUUUCUCCCGCUGAAUAAAGGACUUGCGGCUGGCAGUGAGCAGUAUGGAAGCUUGUUUCUGCCAUGGAAUAAAAAUGGAAAAAGGUUAAUUGCGACUUUUUAUCUCGCAGUGCUGACAUUUUUCUAGGGAUUCUGAGUUUAUAUUUCAAAAUUCUGACUUUUUUCUCAGAUUUCUUUUCUCCUGAGAAUGAGAUAAACUCAGAAUUCGGAGAAAAAAGUCAGAAUUGUGAGAUGUAAAUUCAGAAUUCCGAGAAAAAAUCUGAAUUACGAGAUGUAAACUCAGAAUUCUGAGGAAAAAAGUCAGAAUUCCGAGGAAAAAGUAAGAACUGUGAGAUAUAAACUCAGAAUUCCAAAAAAUAAAUUCUGAAUUGCAAGAUGUAAACUCAGAAUUCCGGAAAAAAGUCUGAAUUGCAAGAUGUAAACUCAGAAUUCCGAGAAAUAAAUUCAGUAUUGCAGGAAAAAAUCAGAAUUGCGAUAUGUAAACUCAGAAUUCUGAGGAAAAAAGUCAGAAUUCUGAGGAAAAAAGUCAGAACUGCGAGAUGUAAAUUAAGAAUUCCGCAAAAAAAGUCAGAAUCGCAAGAUGUAAAUUAAGAAUUCCGAGAAAGUCAGAAUUGCGAGAUAUAAACUCAGAAUUCAGGAAAAAAGUCAGAGAUAUGAGAUGUAAAUUCAGAAUUCCAAGAAAGUCAGAAUUGCGAGAUAUAAACUCAGAAUUCAGGAAAAAGUCAGAAUUAUGAGAUGUAAAUUCAGAAUUCUGAGUAAAAAGUCAGAAUUGCGAGAUAUAAACUCAGAAUUCGAAGGGGAAAAAUGUCAGAAUUGCAAGAUGUAAAUUCAGAAUUCCGAGAAAGUCGGUAUUGCAAGAUAAAAAGUCUUAAUUAGCUUUUUAUAUUUUUAUUCCAUGGUGGAAGUAAUCUUUCCUGAAAAAGAGCGUUUCUACAGUGGCAUCAGCAGUUGGAAACCUUCACUUUUGCGUAAUUCUGCACCCGCAUCAUGUGGUCCUGUCAAGACAGAGCGGCAUCAUAAUGUUCCCGUUCUCUCUUUUAUAUUUGUGUUGUGCUCUCGUAAACACUUCUUCACGGUUCAUGUGUUCUGUAUGCGUCUUUAUCUGUAUACAGACAUUCUCCUCUUCCUCCCGUCAGCCAAAUCGAGUUUUCCGGCUUGUGUUCACUCAGUGUGAGCUUCAGGCUCUUCAGGCCCAUUCACACCAAGAACGAGAACUAUAACCAGAACUAUAUUAGUGUCCACAUUAACGCACCAUAAUGUUCUGUUUAUUAUAAGCGCUCUGCAGUUUUGUCACCUGCCGCUUUAAAUGGUCAAGCUCUUUAAAGAAGGAUAGUAUGGAAGCCCAUUUCUGCCACAUAAAAAACAUUCUUUUGUAAGUCAUAAUUAUAAGAUGAAAAGUCUAAAUUAUUACUUAAAAACUCAUGACAUACUAAGUUGAAAUUAUGACACAAGAUGAAAUUGACAUAAGACAUGCACAAGUCAUGAGUUAGUUUCGACUUUUUAUCUCAUUAUCACUUUUAAUUUUAACUUUUUGUCAGUUUCGACUUUGUCUCAUAAUUUCGACUUGGUAUGUCAUAAUUUCAACUGUUUUAUCAUAAUUAUGACUUUGUAUAUCAUAAUUUCACAUUUUUGUCAGAAUUUUGACUUUAUCUCAGAAUUAUGACUUAGUAUGUCAUGACUUUUUAAAUAAUUUUAAAAAAUUAUCUCAGAAUUAUGACAUCUCAUAAUUAACUGUCAUAAUUUCAGCUUUUUAUGUCUUAAGUUUGACUUUUCAUCUCAUAAUUUUGACUGGGUAUGUCAUAAUUUAAAUUUUUGUAUCAUAAUUAAGACUUACUAUGUCAUAAUUUCAUUUUUUUUUGUCAUACUGUUGACUUUUCAUCUCAAGAUUUUGACCUAGUAUGUCAUAAUUUCAACUUUUUUAUCUCAUAAUUAUGACUUUGUAUAUCAUAAUUUCAAAUUUUUGUCAUAAAUUUGACUAUCUCAUAAUUAAGACUUAGUAUGUCAUGACUUUUUGGGCCGGUUUCACAGACAGGGCUUAGCCUAAGCCAAGAUUAGGCCUUAGUUCAAUUAGGAUAUGUAAGUAGCUUUUAUAAAUGUACACUAGAAAAAAUCAUCACUGGUGUCCAUCUUGAGACAAAACAGUUGCACUGACAUAUUUUAAGAUCUUUCAGUGCAAGUUGCUUUCAGUUAAAACAGCUCAAACACACAUUUUAGUCUGUGCAACUGGGGGUAUAAGUAAUAAUUUUGACUUUUUUAUCGCAUAAUUAUGACUUACUAUGUCAUAAUUUCAACUGUUUUAUCAUAAUUAUGACUUGGUAUGUCAUAAUUUUGACUUUUGAUGUCAUUAUUUUUUUCUUGUGUGGCGGAAAUGGGCUUCCAUAGGAUGGAUUCUGAUUGGCUGUCAAUGUUUUUAUCAUUCCUCUGUGUUGCUAUCAUUAUAAUUGUGGCGUGGACUCUGCUGUUCUCUUAGAGUUAGAACGAUUAUUAAACUUCACAGUUAUUGUGAACGGGCCUUUAGUCCAAGAUGAGUAGCACAACAAACAUCAGAUUCAGCUGAUAUCACUCAACCUUCUCAUUGACCUGAACACAUUUCAGGAUGAAUCAUUGAAUUAAUGUUCUGAACAAUGUUCCCUUUGUUUUCCACAAGUUUUGUUUUGUUUUUGGUAUCAUAAUUGGUCCAAGUUCAUCAUCUCCCUUGAUUCUCUGCUGUGAUAUACUGAACAUGAGUGAAAGACACUUGUGAACAGAUUGAUCAACACUGUGGUUGUUCAGGGUUCAGUUUGUUUGAAUCCUAUGAUUGUGUUUCGUGGUUUUAGAGGUUGUUGCCGUUUACUCCUUGUAGAUUGUUUUUGUAUUUUUCUAUAUCUUGUUGCACCGUCUCUCUCCUAGAAGACUCUAUUUUGUGUGUGAACUCUUGAGUGUACAAAUGUGAUUUUAAUACAGUGGGAAAUUUGAACACUAAUUAAAAAUUGUGCAGUUUU